GUUUGUAGUUGUUAAUUGUUGUAGAAGAUGAUCUGGUUUGUGGUGUGUUUCGUCCUGGUUCCAUUCGUGGCUGGCGCUGAUAAGAAUUUAAUUAAUUUUGGUGAGUUCGUGUGUCCCAGAGAAGAAAAGGCACUAGGCAGAUGUCUACGCGACGCGUUGAACGCCUACAUACCACAACUAGCAACAGGAGUACCAGAGUACGGAGUGCCACCAUGUGAGCCCCUCAUAGUGCCAGCUCUCUCCAUCCAGCAGUCCUCAGGACCCAUAUCUGUAAGGUCCAGCUACUCCAACGUGACAGUGAAAGGACCUUCCAAAAUGCGCGUCAAGGAUGUCGAUGUGAACACACAGUUGCACCGCGUGGUUGCGAGGUUGUACAUCCCUGAUCUUGAGAUGACAGGCAACUACAGGGUGACUGGCAAGCUGCUCAUGCUGCCAAUCGAUGGACAGGGGCACUUCGCUGCUAAAUAUGGUGACAUCGAUGCAACAGUGACGAUAAUAUUAGGUCGUCAGCCUCGCCCCAACGGUGUGGAUGCCCUCAAAUGUGAAGACCUAGCAGUCUCCUUCCACGUGGGACAUGCUACCAUGAAACUGGGCAACCUGUUUGGUGCAGACGAUGAGUUCAGUCACUCACUGAACCAAUUCCUAAACGACAACUGGCAGAAGUUGAUCGAAGAGUUGCAGACGCCUAUGGAAGUAGCUCUCAGAGACUUCUUGAAGCCUUUAGCAGACCAUACCUUCUCUACUCUCAAUGCUGACGAUAUUCUCACCAAUUAG